AAAAACAGUCUUUAAUUUUCUCCAAAAUAACCCAAAUUAUUUCCGAUAAUGUUUGACUAAUUUGACAAGCGACUCCCCAUUGUUGGAAUAUUAUAAUAUAGGACUCACUCAGUAAUGGAAUAAGGAACAUAUUCAUCUGUGUUGUACAUUUGAUGGGUUCUGUGGUAAAAAUAAUUACCAGAUUUAAAUAUUGUCCCUGAAUACAUCGACCCACCGCCUGCUUGGAGUCACAUGAGGCUGAUUAACCAGCAUAGCUCUCCUCAAAACAAAGCUUUUCUUUUAACUAAAUGACUUGAGCGUGAUCGUGCUGCCCAUGUUGCCGGGCGGACAGGAUUUCUCUGGGUAACUCUGGAAAACAAAGUUUCCUCCUCUUCGCUCAACAAACCGGAUAAAAAAGCCUUUUUGCCACAGCAGCGGCUGAUUUUACCAUGUCAUCACCACAGCAAAUGGAUGAAAUGAGAGUGAAAAGAGGAAUUGUGAUCAAAGACGACUGGCCUGGCUACAACCUGGAUCUGUUCACCUACCCUGAACAUUACCACGACGACAUUGAGAACGUCUACAUUCCCCACGGAGUCAUCAUGGACCGGAUAGAGCGCCUGGCCCGGUACGUCAUGGAGGACUUUGAGGACAGUAAGAUCAUGGUGCUGUGCGUCCUGAAGGGAGGAUACAAGUUCUGUGCAGAUCUGGUGGAGUUCAUCAAGGUUUUGGGGCGCAGCUCCAACCGGUACCUGGAGACCCGGGUGGAGUUUAUCCGCCUGAAGAGCUACCUGAACGACCAAUCAACAGAGGAUCUGCACAUCAUUGGAAGCAGUGAUCUGUCUUUUCUACGCGGAAAGAGUGUGCUCGUUGUUGAGGCCAUCGUCGACACAGGAAAGACCAUGAAGGCUCUUCUGAAGCAUGUGGAGACCUUUGAGCCAAAGAUGGUCAAGGUCGCGGGUCUGUUGGUGAAGAGACUCUCUACCAUGACUGAAAGUCUGACAGACUAUGUUGGAUUUGAAAUCCCCAACCGAUUCGUGGUCGGCUACGCCUUGGACUACAACGAGUACUUCCGUGACCUGAACCACAUCUGCGUCAUCAGCAAAACCGGAAAGAUGAAGUACAAGAUUUAGAGAAUUAAACCCAUUAAUUAUGCAUUGUUAAAAAAUAUACUAGCCGUUUUCAGCAGUGUGGCUGUGUUUAAUUUUAAUUAUUUAUAUGUCAUUAUUUUUUACAUAUUUUCAUGUGGUUCAGAUAAAUUGUAUUUGUAAUAUGGUUAUAUAUAUUGACUUCCUCUUUGCUUUGUUUAGACCUGUCACAAUAAAAAAAUUUGAACGAUAAA